AAUUGGAAGAAGCAGGGAAAGGAGGAGGAAUAAAGAGUGAGGGUGAAAAGUGAGGGCGGGACCAGAUCGGUGGUCGGCUGGAACCCUGGAAUUUCAGAGCGUCUCUGUUACUUCAUCUCGGACGGGCCGGUGCGCGCCAGUCGCCUUGGAUCGAGGGCUUCGAGCUCGGGUUCGCCGCACGCGGGCAGCGUGCGAAGCGCUUCAAAGGUGUGAGGUCGCGGGGGACAGUGCUGUCGCUGUGGGCAGUGCUGUCGCUGUGGACAGGUCCGUCGCACAAGCGCACAACCUGGAGAAGCAGCUUUUUCUUUUUUUUUUCUAGAGCUCCGUUAAUUGUUGCCCUUGACGGACAAAGUUCCUUCCUAAUUGCAUUGAUCCUAGCUAGAUAUUUCCACGGUGAUCACUGAAUAUAUGAAGAAGGACGUAUGCAUCAUUUAUUUAUGAAACGUUAGGAGCCAAAACUGCGGCCUGUCUACACUAUGGAUUUCAAGGACAUCAACGACAGUCUGGCCAACGUCACCGAGUUGGAACCGUUCGACUUUUACCAGGUGGAGACGCUGACCUUCCUCUGGAUCCUGUUCGCCUGUAUUGUUCUUGGCAACAGCGCCGUGCUGGCGGCGCUUCCAAAGGGCAGGAAGUCUCGCAUGAACUUCUUCAUUAUGCACCUCGCCAUUGCAGAUCUCGGCGUCGGGCUAGUGAGCGUCCUAACCGACAUCAUCUGGAAGACAACUGUCGACUGGCAUGGAGGCCACUUCGGUUGCAAAAUCGUCAAAUUUGCACAGGUGCUGGUAACAUACUCUUCGACAUACGUGCUGGUGGCACUGAGCAUCGACCGGUACGACGCCAUCACUAGGCCUAUGAAUUUUUCUGGAAGCUGGAAGCGAGCACGCUGGCUGGUAUCGCUGGCCUGGGCGGCGUCCGUCGCCAUGUCCUUGCCCUCCAUUUUCCUCAACGGGGAGGCAGUAGUGCACGGCCGUCUGCAGUGCUGGAUCGAACUCGAGCUGUGGCAGUGGCAGGUGUACAUGACGCUGGUGGCUGGCUCGCUGUUCUUCGUGCCGGCCCUGCUUAUCGCUGCCUGCUACAGCGUCAUCGUCUACACCAUAUGGAAGCGGAGCAAGAUACUAAGAGGUGUUCACGGCAAAGAGAUCGAAACGAGACGAACGAGUUCUCGAGGAGUGAUUCCGAAAGCGAAAGUCAAGACAGUCAAGAUGACUCUGAUCAUAGUUUUAGCGUUCGUGUUCUGCUGGAGCCCUUAUUUCGUCUACGACCUCCUUCAAGUGUACGGGGCGACGCCCAAGACUCAGGCAGCCAUCGCCGUGGCGACGUUCAUCCAGAGCCUAGCGCCACUGAACAGCGUCGCCAACCCGCUCAUCUACUGCUUCUUCUCGAGCAACAUGUGCCGCCACAUUCGGCACGAGGCUCUCCUCACCUUGUCGCCCCACGAGCCGCCGUCUUUAUGAUCCGCGCGCAUCGCCCGCGGUUCGGGCAACCGGUCGUACCUGACGCACUCGACGGCGGUGUCCAACUCGGUGCUCUGAAGGCGGCCCACUCUGCUGCCGGUGCGCCCGAUGACUAAUGAAACAAAGUUUUGGCGAACACGUCACUGAGCCUGGAGCGUCGGGGAAUCUCUAAACCCCGCGCUACUGCUUUUCACGGAGAUUCGCGAUUACAUACCACGAGAGUGUUUCAACUUUGCGUGAUAUGUGACGCCCCAGGUGCACCGCGCUUGCGCGUCUUCUACUGCUUGCUACCAUGGCGUCUACCACAGGGGUUCUCGAUCGCCCCCACGAUGACGUGGCAGUGCCAUGCCCAUCAACCCGCCUUCAUCCUAAUUACCCCUUGGUAUCACUCUUCGUCGCGACAGCCAGAAAUUAAUGAAAUAAAAAACGGUAAUUGUUAAGUAGAAUCUCAACUUCAGCAUAGUAACAGCGGUGUUUGAUAAUGCCAUACGUAGUAUUGAAAUCAACUGUUUAUCUCGAGGCUUCUACGCCCUAAAGCGAUGAUGGCGAGCUGGCAGGGUGUUUUUCUUUGGCCGCUUGGGUGACUGAGCCGCAGUAUUAGCCUUGACGACGGUCUAAUCCUCUUUUCUUUUUUAACUGUCGCAAUGACUGUAUGGUAUAGCAGUGCACGUGAUGGCGAUAUGCUACAGCAUUAAUCGAUUCGCAUCGUUACCGCGCUGCGCCGUAUGCCUAACCUGCACACCGCUAUACGGCAACGUAGCACGCGCUGCGAGUAGCUAAAACAGUCUAUUAUCUGUUGCAGGAACGUACCACCCUAAAGUCACUACCCAAUACGUACGUGCUAUGGUUAUACAAAAUGUUUCUUCUGCGGUGGUACAAAAGGUUUCGUCUGUUCCUAAAUUCCAGAAAAACACUUGCUAUACUUUUCAACUCAGUUAUACACGCCUCUGGCGCGCACAUCCAUUACUAACGCGGGCUACUGUGCUACAAUAGAUCCGAAGGUCUCAAUUCACGUGCGGCAUGGAAUUUCUAACGUCCUUACUUAUGAGAACAAUUCCACAGCCGUCUAACAUGUGUACUGAAGACCAAUCCCAUUAAGCCAACUCUUGUCAAAUGCAGACCCAUGAGUCACACAUGCUAGUUUAUCGCUGCUUCUUUGCCCACGUCAGUGGUGCGAGUUAGUUAAUGUCCUACUGAAUUUUUGCAGGCGACAAGCUCGGCCCUAAGCAUAAUUCGCUAAUAGAAAACCAACUUAGAAAAUGCUGUUAUCGGUGAUGUCUUACAAUUUCGAGGUAUGCUAUUCACAUCAAUAAUAAAGAAUGAUGCUGAACAAAUAAAGCAAUACAGCAAUUAUUGAUAUUUUGCUCCGCCAGCCACCAGUACACCACAUUCUACGUUCAUACUUAGUUCCCUGCAAUUGUGGCACGAUCAUAUAUAUAUAUAUAUA